AUGGGCCCCUGGAAAGUCCUCACAACCAUCCUGCUACUUGGCCUCGGCGGUCAGGUAAAUGGAAAGCUGUAUUUCAAAAACAACGGAACACUGGACGGGUGGGACGGCCAGAGCCUUGAAAAGGGCACCGAAGGAACCAUCACAGAAUCAACAUCGGCCGUGUUCAAUGGCGACACGUCGUUGAAAAUGACGCAGACCUAUCUUCCCGACUACAAGGGACGAUACCACGCCGAGGUAUACAAGAAGGACGGCUACGUGCCGGGCGACCGCAAGUUCUACGGCUUCGCGUUCCGCCUCGAGGAAAAGUGGCAGUUCGACAAGCAGUCCUUCAACCUGGCCCAGUUCAUCGCCGACUUCACGGGCGACUCCAAGGGGUGCGACGACUGGAUGCCCAGCACCAUGGUCUGGCUGGUGGGCACGCAGCUCAAGACGCGCACCAAGACGGGCGACAUCUGCAAGCAAAAGACCACCAGCUUCGACGUCGGCACCGUCAAGGCCGGCUUCUGGCACACGGUCGUGCUCGAGGUCGCCUGGCACGCCGACGACAAGGGCCUGCUGCGUAUGUGGCUGGACGGGAACUCGGUGCUGGACAAGACCGGAGUGCCGACCACGAUUGAGGACUCGAAGAAGAGGGCUUUUAGCUUUCGGGUCGGACUGUAUGCGAAUGGCUGGUACGACGACAAAAAGAUCGUCGGCAAUCAGAAAACACGUCAAGUUUGGUACGACGAGAUAGCCAUGGGCGAUACUUAUGAAGACGUCGCUCCUCGCGCAAGCUAG